UUGUACUGUCCCUUUACAUUUCUGUGUUUACAAUCACAAGAGCUUCCGGGUUAAACAGAAAGUUGAAAGCUCAGCAAUCGCUACAGCAGCACAGGAUGGCUUCGUUCGGCUGGAAGAGGAAAGUGGGCGAGCGGGUGUGCAAGGCAGCGGUGCAGCAGUUUGAAGCCGCGGCGGAGAAGCCAGAGGAGGAUGGAGUGGACGAGGUGGACUGGCUACAUGCUAUCAAGCGGCGACGUGAAGUCCUCCUAGAGGACUGCGCUGUAAAGAGCAACAGGCUGAAGGAGGAGGGGACGGUGCUGGCACAAGAGGGCAGACACUGGGAGGCCAUUAAGAGGUGGGAUGAAGCCAUCCAGCUGACUCCAGACAACCCUCUACUGUAUGAGAUGAAGUCCCAGGUGCUGACCAUUCUGCAGGAGGUGUUCCCGGCGGUGCAGGCAGCAGAGAUGGCUGUGAAGCUCCGCCCCCUGUGGUGGGAGGGCUGGCAGACCCUGGGCCGUGCCCAGCUCAGCCUGGGAGAGGUGGACCUGGCGGUGAGGUCCUUCCAGGUAGCGGUCCACCUUUGUCCGUCAGAGCGCCCCCUCUGGUCGGAUGACCUGGCAUGGGCACGGCGGCUGCAGCAGCAGAGACGGGCGGCCCAGGACCAGACCCAACGGGAGGAGGAGGCCCAACGGGAUCUCCUGAACCCUCCAGAGCUCCAGCAGGACUACGACUUUGAGUCAGACGAGGUGGUGGUGGCCUGCACUGCCGUAGCCGAGAGACAGAGACGCUAUGAGGAACUGAAGAGGACAGUCGUGGUUGUCGACACUGAGGGGAAUUCCAGGGAGGUACCCGUGGAGGAGGAGGGGUCAGGGGACACACCCUCUUCAUCACAGGAUCAGUUGGUCAAAGCACGGGGACUAUGAGAUGUCUGUUAAGGACUUAAGGACUAGAAUGGAUCUUAUGGACUGAAAUUGGUCUUUUUGUUUUUGAUGUUUUGAGUCUUUAUUCUUAUGCAUGUCGUUAUGGUUUUCUGUUUUAGUCAACAACAGACUGUGGGUGAUAGAGGUAGAUUUAAUCAAAUAAAUGUUUGUUUUUGUGUGUUAUGCUUUCACUGUUUAUCAAUGCUCUCAUAUUACUGGCAUUUAAAAUACUGGAUUUGAGCAUAACCAAAAAUAUUUUUUAUUAUAAUUUGGCACUCGAGAGGUCAAUAGUCACUCAUUUUGGUUAAUCCUCCUCCUGGAAAAAAAGGAUCCUGUUGUGUUUGGAAUAUGUCUUUCAGUCCCAUUUAUCUUAGACACAUUCAGGGCCGGUUUCCCCAGACACAGAUUUGACCUAAUCCUGGACUAAAAAGCUUUUUCAAUGGAGAUUCUCUAUUGAGCUUGCUUUUUUGUCCGGGAAACUGCCCCUUAGUCUUUUGGAAUGUCUCAAGUUCUCCCUGGAAAGCUCCUCUCACUUGAGUCAAUCGCGUCAGUCAAGCUGUUAUUAAAAAAUAAACCUUUUUGAAUUGCAGUUUCAUGCAACAUAAAGUCGCAGUUGGAAGUGCUAUUUUAUAAUGACUAACGGACUGGUCUUAUCUGUUGGGAAACUCUGUCUCCAUGGUAACACAGAGAAAUAAACCCCACAGAGAAAUAAUAUUGCAUGAGUAUUCCCAGAAUUCCAGCUGAGUGUUAGAAUUUGUGUGUCAUAUGACCCUCCAUAGGGGAUAGGGGAUGGGUGAGCUGCUAAAACAAUAUAUCCACCUUGGGCUUUAAUGCCAGCAGCAGGCUAGCGCUGAAAGCUCUGUGCAGUCAGCCUGGACUGGCCAUGCUGAGAAGUCUAGCAGCUUGAACAGUCAUUGAAUUUGAAUGGCAUCUUCUAAUAGCAAGAUUGUUUUCAUGGGACACUCAAAGGGUUUUGUAUGACUAAAACAGGCUAUCAGAUUUAGGGGUAUAUUAUUGGCGAUAUUAAAAGAGAGGCGCUGUGAAAGAGGAGACAGGUUUCUGAGAGGAUUCAUGUAUUAAAAUCAUAUUAAGACCAUUUCGUCAUCUGUAUCUCUCUGAAAUAUAUUUCCUAGUAAUACAGCUUUAAAGGAGUAUUCUGACAGAGGGAACUGGCCUCAUACUAGAACAUGAAUCUCAGGGGAGGCUUUAUGAUUUAAAUAGGGCAUUACACGUCAGGAACAUUUUAUCAUUAGACAAUAAUAAAUUGUUCUUGGUAAAGAACUACAAACGGUGCCUAUAUCAUUGUAACAGACCAUUGGUAGGAAAUGUGUUUUGGUCAUCAUCACUACGAUAAUGGAAGUAGGCAAAGAAGCGGCAACUAUGGGUAAAAGCAGACUUUGUUCUCUCAACAAGUCAACCACACUGAGAGUAUGUAUUUACAGUGCAAAACUCUGGUAAUGUUGUCAAAACCGUUCAAAUCAUUUAAAUACCUGCCACAAAAAUUCUCAAAACAAGUCUGGAGCAUAAGAUUGUGGUAGCUUGUCAAAAUGGGGCCUGACUGUGUUAGUAACAGUCAUUCAUUUUAUAGGACUGAGUUCAUUCACUGGUAAUGUGGGGGGUGAUAGGAGCUGUGAACAAAUAGUGGGAGAGGGAACAACUGUUUAGACCAUGAGAAUGCUCAUGUAUAAUCUGAAUUAUAUUGAUGUUUCUGUAACUGACCCAGCUGAUGUAGUAAUACUUUUUUUGUCAAUAAUGAGAAGAUGUAUCCAUUUUACCUGUAAUGUGUCAAUUGAAAAUAAAUCAAUUGGUUACAAGUAA